AUGGCUUUGGAACAGCGCACUAAACAUGUCUCUUGGUCUGUGGUUUCAUCUUCAAACCCAUCACAGCACAAAGAGGUUAACUUGCAUAUACUCUCCACAUUCAAUUUGACCUAUGGUAAUACACAAGUUCAAGAGAAAUCAAUCUUGAAAUUAUUGGUCAACAUCCUAUUCAGAUUACUUGGAUGGAUAUACAUUUUCCGACACAGAAUUGGUGGAGUGUAUGUGAAGAAUAACUUGAACAGAACAGCAGAUAACGAGCAGAGGUCGAAUGCACCUGAUAUUAGUCCUCAAGAACAAAACAUAUCAUCCCCUAAAAAAGUGGACCUCCUUCAUCCCUGCUGUGAGAGGCUGCAACAGUUAGAAAAGGCAGUUGCUGAACUGUUAAACAAACCUACGGAAAUUCCUCCAGAAAAGGACCACAUGCUGCUAGAUUCAAUGAACCGCAUCAAGUCAAUUGAACAUGAUUUGCAAAGGACAAAGAAAGCACUCCUUGCAACAGCAUCACAACAAGUAGAGCUCGCUGAGUCCCUGGAAUUGUUGAAGGAGGACACUCUUAAAGGAACGAAGUCUUGCUGGCUACGAACCAAAUCCACUCCGUACAGAACCUGAUGGCUUUGGAACAGCGCACUAAACAUGUCUCUUGGUCUGUGGUUUCAUCUUCAAACCCAUCACAGCACAAAGAGGUUAACUUGCAUAUACUCUCCACAUUCAGUUUGUGCAGAACAAAUUUUGAGGCACUAACAUAUAAUAUUAUCAUGCCCCUCUUUGAAACAUUAUAUAUUGAUUUCCUUCGCCCUUUAGGCUAUAUCAAAUUUGAGGUUCAAAGAUAGUUGCUGGAAGGAUUGGACUCACACCUGAUUUUCCCUGACUUAGAUGUGUGAGUGUAACUAUGCUACUGACG